AUGGGCGCUCUUCAACAGAACACUAGUGUUGAAAAUGAACACAAUUCAAACAAAGAUUUAACACUCAAUGAAAAAGAGGCUAUUGCUGGAAGCUCGUCUGUAUAUACAAGAUUUGGGCACAAAGCAAAGAUUUUCCUCUCAAUAGUAUGUGCUUCUUGCGGCCUAUUUUCAGCGAUAGCCGCUCCAAUCUACUAUCCCGCCCUCGAUACCAUAAAGAAUGAGUUCAACGUGAGCGGGGAGCUUCUGAAUAUAUCUGUUGUGGUAUAUUUCAUAUUUCAGGGUAUUUCCCCUUCAAUCAUGGGAGGUUUUGCCGAUUCUUGGGGCAGGCGACCCAUCAUCGUUUGGUCGCUUGCAGUCUACUUCGCUGCUUGUGUUGGCUUAGCGAAAUCAACAAACUACGGUCAGAUAUUGGGACUGAGAUGUCUUCAAAGUGCUGGAAUAUCUCCAGUGAUAGCUUUGAAUAGUGGUCUCAUGGGAGAUGUGACUCUUAGACAUGAAAGAGGCGGCUACAUCGGGCUGACGUCUGGAAUACAGCUUGUUGGCUCAGCCUUUGGAGCUAUUAUUGGUGCUGGACUAAUUUCGAGAUGGGACUGGAGAGCUGUUUUUUGGUUUUUGGCAAUAGGCUCGGGAAUAAGUCUCAUUAUCAGCACCCUUUUAAUGCCCGAGACAAAUCGCAGUCUCGCGGGAAAUGGUUCCAUACUUCCAAAAAGCUUGACUAGUCGAGCACCAAUACUGGCUCUUCCCUUUGUUAGAAAAUAUUUGCACAUUGAAAACCCGGAUUUAGAUACCUUGAAACCACGUCGCAAAGUCAACUUUCUUGCCCCUUUCACAGUCUUAGCUGUUCCGAGCGUCCUAUUAGUGUUAUGUGUGGCUGGAAUGCAGUUUACAAUUUACAGCUGUCAACUAACAGUCCUUUCCAGCAGUCUUGAAAACUACUACGGGCUAAGUGUGGGAAAAGUGGGGUUGUGCUACCUCCCAAGUGGAAUCUGCACCCUUAUAGGCAUUGUUAGCAGCGGAAGAAUUUUGAAUUGGAACUACGAAAGACGGUUUGCUCAGCAUGAAAAGACGAUUGAGGAAAUGAAAACCAAAUUAAUGGAAAAGUACUACGGCGAUGUCAGCCUCGUUGAUGCAGCCAUUUUAACAAAAAACAAGUACGGCUUCAAUAUAUAUCGUGCCAGAUUGGAAGUGGGGGUCGUGCCUAUGCUUUUCAGUUUUGGAGGGUUUAUAGCUUUCGGGUGGUGCCUUGGAGCAAGAACGCACCUUGCUUUAGUACUGUUUUUCAGUGGUUUUUCAUCACUAUGCUCAAGCGGAAUUAUUGCUUGCACUACAACAUUAAUGGUAGACUUGCAUCCUGAAAAAACGUCAAGUGCAGCUGCCUGUUUGAAUUUGUGUCGGUGCCUAUUAGCUGCGGCUUUCAUAGCAGCUUUGGACGCAAUGAUAGACAAAAUGACUAUAGGUGGAGCCUUCACAUUCAUGGUUGGAGUUUCUGCUUUGCUUACUAUUGGCAUGGUAUUUGUGGUAAGCUCAGCAAUGACCACAGACACGGCUGACGAGCUUACUUAG